AUGAAGCGGAACUGGCGGAAGCCCAGAGGUGCUGACAUUGGGGUGCAGAAGACCCAAGGGCCGGAGUCUGGCGCGCGGCACUGGUUCAUGGGGGCAACGAGAAAACCGCACGUGCCGUGCCGCCCGGUGGCUUUCAGGAGUUCCCGGCCCACAGUCCAGGGGCUGGCAGCGCUGCUGGUGUGCGUCGGACCCCACCGUGCGGCGGUGGCCCGGAACCUCUCCCCCGGGAACCGCGGGGCGGCUGCGAGCAGAGCAGCCCGACCGGCCACCCGUCACCCGUCCGUCGCCAGGCUGCGCAGCGCAGAAAAUGAACACACAGCUUGUGCGCACACUGUGCUUUCGUGA